UUCCCUGCGCUCGCAACACAGUGAGCCGCGCUACACUUGUGCAAUCACCACCACCACCAACAUCUCUUUACUGAUCCAGAGACAAUAACACUUCACAGAAAUCAAACACAAAGCAGUCGACAGUCAUCCUCGCGAGGGGACAUCAGCGCGGUGCCCGUUGCGCGCUCGGAUACAAUUUCAAAGGGAUUGAAGUCUCUUUCUGGCGCUUUUACCGAGAUUUCAGAAGACUGGAGAUUGAUCGGGACGGAACACCUGUGCGUGCUCGUUAAUGACAGACUGAGUAACUGCUAUGACAGGUAAACUAGCGGACAAGAUCCCUAUUACCAUGAGCAGUUUAAUCAACACCAUCCCUGACAGUCUCUAUCCAGAAGAAGACACUUCUAUGAACAUUUUCACAAACCCGGACUCUAUUUCGCACUACUCGCAGAUGAAUACAGAUAAUAUCAUGGACUUGGGGAUGGGCGGCGAGAAGGGCAGCGGAGAAGUGCAGUAUGGCUCCAAUUUUCAGUCUGGUCGAAGCGGACAGACCGUCACCUACCUGGGCAAAUUCGCAUUUGACACCCCUCCAUCCGGCAGCAUCGGAGGCUCCGGUUGGUGUCCCGACAACAACAUCAUCAGUCUGGUGAGUGCGGGAAUCCUGGGGGUGUCACCGUCACCUGGCAACAUCACCACCCAGACGUCUUCGUCGAGCGGCAACAUGGGUGGCCAGUCGUCAGACAUGGAGCAAAUAUACGCACCACCUCUUCCUGCCUACUCCACCUGUGGCGAGAUAUACCCAGAACAGGUGACGUUCCACCACAGCCCGGCCACGUCCUCGUCUCUGCCCUACCCGGGCUCUGACUACCACACAACCUCCAAACCAGGCAUGGACGGAAGUCUCUUUUCCAUGAUCCCAGACUACAACCUCUUCCAUCACCAGGGGGACGUAGGGGUGAUGGAGCAUAAACCCUUUCAAACCAUGGACCCUAUCAGAGUCAACCCACCUCCCAUAACCCCCCUCGAGACCAUCCGAGCCUUUAAGGAUAAGCAACAGAUCCAUCCCAGCUUUCUCGGUGGGCAACAGCACGUUUCCCAACACCAUCAACCCUCUCAGACACUCGCCCUCAAACCCAUUCGACCAAGAAAGUACCCCAACCGGCCGAGCAAAACUCCCGUCCAUGAGCGACCGCACGCCUGUCCGGCGGAGAACUGCGACCGUCGCUUUUCGCGUUCAGAUGAAUUGACGCGUCACCUGCGCAUCCACACGGGACACAAACCCUUCCAGUGCCGCAUCUGCAUGCGGUCCUUCAGUCGCAGCGACCAUCUAACCACGCACAUCCGCACACACACCGGCGAGAAGCCCUUCUCUUGCGAGUUCUGCGGACGCAAGUUUGCGCGGAGCGACGAGCGAAAGAGGCACGCCAAGGUGCACCUGAAACAGAAAGACAAGAAACCCACGGACAAGGGCAGUAGUGCUGGGGCAGGGGGGAGCCACACCUCUCCCCCCAGCUCCUGUGGGAGCGCGGGACCCAGCAGUGCCAAUAUCAUGACCGUCACCACUUGUGCAUGAGAUGGACUUGCAAAGUAAGACUUUGAGGAGAAAAAGAAGGGUUCUUUCCUCUCUUAUAUACACACUUGACUCUUAUACUCGCUCCCUUUCACUAUAUCCAUCCAUUUCCUACGGUUUUCAUUGAUUAUGGUGGCAUUUUUCUGUAGCCACCAUUGUUUUUGGUCACAUGAGUCGGGGGUAAGUGGACGAGUGUUGCAUGGAUAGGAAGGAGAGUGUGUCAGAGAUGAUGGUUCUAGCAGUCAGGUCCAUCCAUGGAAAGAGCACUUGCAGAUGCAGCGCAGUCAUAAAGGUCCAACUCUCAAUCUCUUUCCAUUUUAGUCUUUUCCUUUUCUCCUUGUAUUUUGGUCUGUCAGUGAGUUGUCAGAUAAAAAGUGCACUUUCAUUUGCUAAAUGUGUUGCAGUCUUUUUAAACGAUUGUGAUUAUUUAAUGUUUCUGUGUUGUUGUUGUUUUUCUACAGAAUGUGCCAAAUGUAUUUAAAUACAGCAGACAAUUAAAAGAAAAUCGAUAUAUUGUUUGCAUUAACCUGAUAACUUCAUUUCGAAUGUUGAUUUGGGGAAAACCUAUGAGCUCUGAAAGCGCAGGGGAGACUGAGUUCAGGUGGACGUUAAAAGUCUGUUGCAUUAUUUUACUAUUUCGAAAUCCCUUAUAUACAAUUAAGGGAUGCAGAUGGCAUCAGCAAUGGACUUUCAGUGCAAUAAUAAAAACAACAACAACAACAACGAUAAAAAAACACAGUCUGGCUCACUUUCACAAGUUUACACUCUACAGUAGGAACUGAAAUUAAGGUACAGCUGUGGCCUUUACUUGUUUUGGUUAAUUUAGUGCAUACAGGGGCCAAACCUGCACUUCUUCAUACCUACUUCUGGUGGAGUGAGAUAUGGUGAUGUGAUCCAAACAUUUUGCCUUUCUGUUUUUGCUGCCUGUAUCCCCGCAUGCAUGUAGUAUCACAUCUUUGCUAGUACUGGCCAGAUUGCAUCAGUCAUGACUGAAGAACCAUAGCAAUAUGCAUCCGAUUCAAACCAUGCAGUGUGUCAACAAGAGUUAACACUUAAAAAAAAAGACAAUUUUUAUGUGACAAAUGUCCUUUUUUUGUCCUUAUUGUCAUUGUUUUACUUACUCGUUUCCUGCUUUCAUCAUCCAAUAGUUUUCAUUGGGUCCCUUUUUAUGCACAUUAUAUAUUCAGCACGCAUUUUAACACACAUGUACACAUGAUUUUCAAAAAAACGGAAUCAGACAAAAUGAUGGUAAUGCUUGCCUGCGAGCAUCGCCGCUGGGCAGGAUUGAUCUUAGGAGUCAUUGUUUAGCAUUUUUACCGGCUGAGGCCUGCCUGCUUUAUGCAUGCCAUUCAAGAUGCUUUUGGAUGGGAACAGUUUUGACAUUUAUACUGCUCUCAGGGGCAGCACCGUAAUGUGGUAUAUCUCCACGGUUACUCAUAUCUGGAUCAUGCCUAGAGAUUCUGAAUUUUGAUGGUGAGAACGAGAGGGGCUUUUGUAAAGAUAAUUAUAUAAACCUAUUACUACAUGUUUUCUACUUGGAAUGUACGAAGCAAUGUCCUUCAGUAUUAUGUUUGUCCAUGCACGUGAAUGUGUGUGUGUGUGUGUGCGUGCGUGUGUGUGUGUGUGUGUGUAUGCUAAUGCAUGCGCAAACACUCGUCUACUUAGAUUUUACAUUGACUGAAUGUUGAAACAAAGGGUGUGUUUACAUUUUUGUUUUCAUUUUUUCUUCUGGUUCGUGAUUUUGUACAUAGUGCAUAGUUUUUUUUUUUUUUUUUUUUAAGUGUGUGUGUGACAGCGUGACUGUCAAAUGUGACGCAUUCUCCAGCAUUUCUUCAAAGUCUCGAAAUAUUAUCUGUUAUUAGCGCUAUCUUGCAAAUGAUUACUUGCGGACACACUGAAUGAUGUGUUUAAUAAAUGAAUAAACAGUACGAUUAUUUGGUGAAAAAAAGCAAAGCAAAAACCUGUGUAUCUCAUUAUCUUUUAAGCAAACUAUGCAUCCGAAACACUAUUUAACUAAUUUAGUAUUUAAUUAAUUUAAAAUUAGAAAGGUCGAGCUUAAAUUAAAAACCCACGCUCUCUAGAGCUUAAAAUUAAAACAAUAAUUCAAAAUAUUUUUAAUAGUGUUAACCAUAUGGUCCACUCCUCACUCCUGGCUUACAUUCCCAGAAAUAUUUAAUCUUCAAAAGUAUUAUUAUUAUUUUUUUUAAUACCAUAUUGUUGGUAGGUUUUCAGCAUCUUGGGCGAACCACUUCUGCAACGUAUCUUCUGGCCGAAUUCCCUUUUUUUCUCUUGCUGAGGUCAAGCAUGAAUAACUAAUAGAAUAGCGGUAUUUAAGAUCAAUUUUGAACAAUUAAAUAUGCAGAAAUAAUUUGACCAUUAAAAUGAAUUGCCAAAAUGCGACAGGCCUUUAAUUAAAAAUGCAGCUCCUUACAGGCAAUAGAAAAAAAAACGUUCAUCAGGUUAUAGCUCUUGCAGCUGAGUUAAAAUAACAAAUGCAAUAUUUAUCUGCUGUGCAAAACCGACAUGAUACAAACCAAAUAUUGAUCCAGAAACUCAUCUACAUACUGCUGGAAUCUGCCGAAAGCUAAACAGGCGUUCUGAAUGUAUACGUUGGCAUUAUUAUCUUGAAUUAUGCAUCGAUAUGGCCCUUAAUGUCAGAAUUGUGUACACAAGUAAGUUUGUACCUCUUAACCUCUCUCAAUGUAAGUGAAAAAGAGAAUAUUACACAUCACAUUUCUGGGAGGAGAGUGUAAUUGUUGAGUUUUAUCAGUUUCAGAUCGGGAUCUGUUCAAGGUCCCUCCUCAGCUCUUUUUUUUUUUUCAGAAUUAUCUUCAUUUCUGAAGCACACAUGGCAUGAGAAGUAUUGUUUUUAAAAUAGGAAUACAUACAAAAACAGCUUCUGGCUUAAUUCCUUCGCAUUAUUUUCUCUUUUCCCCUUUGUUUCUGUGCCAAGACACAUCAGAACGCAGGGCCAAACUGCAGCAGUAAAAAUAGCGAAGCAGUUCUCACAGAUCAGAUACGAUACCCGGCGGAAUUGUGUGCGUUUCUUCGGUUUGAAGAGAACAUUCUAAGUUCUAAGCUGCGUUAUGGAAUGCAAAGGAAAUUCAUCUGACGAUUAGAAUGUGCCGAAGUCAUUCUAAUGUAAAACACAAUACCUGAUUGUGUUAGCUACAGCGAGUAAAAGUCUUCCUCAUAAAGUUCUGUGAAGCAACAAGCAAUCGUGACCUCCGGAAAAACUUGUGCGUGUGUUUGUGUUUGAGCAUGCUUGCACGCACCUGUAUAUCUGUGCUGAGUGCUUCCAUGUCCAUAUUUUCCAUUUUUUAUACGUAAGAGUCAGCCAAUUCCACUAGAAUAGCCAAAAACGAAUUGCUGUGACCAUGUGAGUACAGCAUCAGAGAAACUAGCUCAAUAUUAGCCCUCCACACCUGUUAUGAUCGAGAACUUUGCGAGCCUUUUCACUCGGUGCUUUAGUAUAAUAUGAAGCAGCCUGUUUCGGGGGCACAUAGAUAUCGUGACGAGUCUCACAACUCAGCGUGGUCUCAGCAUGACUGUUCACUGUCCGGCUUUGGAUCGGAGCCAGGAUGAACAGCCUUGUUUGCGCCAAACCGGGUUGCAGGCUUGGCUGCCCUGGAACAAUAUGCACAGAGGACAGCACAGAAAUGUAAAUGUGGCCCUAGUCAGCUCUGAAGCAGGCCCUGUUUCACAACACUGAUUCACUGUUGUUUACCUGAUUAUUUUGCUCCCUGUCACCCUCUCAUUAUGGGCGGUCAUUAAAGACUGAGAGUAAACAUUCAGCAGUGGCCCAUGAUGCUGUCCACCGCGCUGUACAUGAUCGGUGACUCAUCUCCUCGACAAAAAAACACAACAGGAAGAAGAAAGUCAUCUUUACUGAUGCUCUCACCCGUUCUCAUAACGUGUCUGGUUUAUAGUGUGCAAGUAAAUGCUUUGUUGUGCGGCCGAUAUUUUGGUAUCCAUAUGCUUUUUCUACAGAACUGUAUCUCUUACUGCAUGUCUUGCAUGUCUCUUAUCAGAUGGAGGCACUUAGAGUUGUUCGUGGUCACUUUUAUGGACCUGGGGGACACAGGCGUGGGAUUCAGCUCACUAGAAGAAAGGAUGUUUUGAUACGUUUUUACCUCCUGUUACUUCCAUUGCCUUAUAGUAAGGCCCCGUGGUAAAAUCUCUUAAUUGUUCACGAAAUUAAUUGAUGUUAUCCUUUUGUGUAGAAGAAAUGUUCACUUGGCUUCUCAUUUUGUUGUAAAUUAAAUGUUUACCAGUUGAUGCGUACUUGAAUACACACCUGAAUAAAAUACAACAGAAACCAUU